CUGCGGAUUCUUCUCGCGGAGGAUCAUCACAUCAACAUGAAAGUCGCGUGCGCGGUGCUCGCGCGGUGCGGGCACAAGGACAUCACCCUGUGCAAGGACGGCGUCGAGGUUAUCGAGAACCUCGCUUCGCUUCCGAACGGUCUGGAUUCGUUCGAUCUCGUCUUGAUGGACCUCCACAUGCCGAGGAUGGGCGGGAUGGAGUGCACGAAGCAGAUUAGGAAACUGUACCCGGACAGCACGGUUCCGAUCGUCGCCGUGACCGCGGACGCGGUGGAGGAUUCUCGAGAGCGAUGCCUGAGCAACGGGUUUAGCUCGUGGAUCAGUAAACCAUUCCGGAUCGAACAGCUCGAAGGGCUGCUAGACGAC